UUCGCGUCAGAAACAACACACGAGUCGUUUGUAACUUACACGUUUUAGUGUAGAUUCAUUGUGAUAUUUUAAAAAUGGAUACGACAGAGAAAAAAUACAGGAAGGUCAAUCCUGCUAAAAGCGCUAAUGUGUUUUCUUUACUUACGUUCCUAUACAUGUUUCCAAUAUUCAAACGAAGUUUCAAAAACGGCGUCAGAGAAGAAGACCUUUUCAGGCCUUUAGAUGAACACAAUUCUCAGAUAUUGGGGGAAAAACUUGAAAAGGUUUGGACGGAGCAACACAGGAAACAUAAAAAGUCAGCACUGCAUAGGGCUUUAUUUAAACUUUUUGGUCCUCAGUUUAUCAUUUUGGGUAUUUUGAAAGGGAUUGACGAAGUUAUGUUGGUAGUAUUAAUUCCCUUAUCGAUCGGUCGCUUAGUCUCUUACUUUGGAGGGGGCCGAGACGAUAUAUCUGAAACUGAAGCCUACCUACAAGCCCUGGCAAUAGUUUUGUGCCUUGUAUUGGACGCCUUUAUAAGUCACCCAUCCAUGAUGGGUUUUAUGCACAUUACCAUGAAAAUGAGAGUUUCUUGCAGUUCAUUACUGUAUCGAAAAGCUCUCCGAUUAAGUCAAACUGCCUUAGCUAGUACAACAAUCGGUCAAUUAGUAAAUUUACUAUCUAAUGACGUGAGUAGAUUUGACCAAGGUUUCUUAUUAGCCCAUUACGUCUGGAUAGGGCCUAUCCAAGCCGCUGUUGGAACAUAUCUCAUUUAUCGAGAAAUAGGAGUAGCGGCUUUUUUUGGCAUAGGAUUUCUUCUAUCUUUCAUUCCAAUGCAAAUUUGGUUGGGGAAAAGAACCUCAGUUUUAAGAUUGAGAACGGCCUUAAGGACGGAUGAAAGAGUUCGAUUAAUGAAUGAAGUUAUCUCAGGGAUUCAAGUAAUUAAAAUGUAUUGCUGGGAAAAACCCUUCUCGCAGCUUAUCGCCUACGCUAGAAAGAAAGAAAUGAACACAAUUCGAGCACACGCCUUUCUAUUAGGUUUAAUCUACUCGUUUGAAAUGUUUGUUACUAGAACCUCGGUAUUUAUAAGUAUUUUGGGUUACGUUUUGCUUGGAUCAUACAUCACUGCCGAAAAAGUAUUCACAGUGAAAGCAAUCUACGAUGUACUUAGACCUGUCAUUACGAUACUUUUCUCAGUUAGUAUUACCUCAAUAGCGGAGGUCAAUGUCUCAGUUUUGAGGAUCCAGAAGUUUCUUUCUUUCGCGGAGCAUGAACUCGAAAAACCCAAAUUAUUCAAGAAUGGUGUUAGUAAAAAUGGUAGUAACGGUUCGCUUGUGCCUUACCACAGUCCUGUGGAAAUCAGACCAAGAAUUUUGGUAGAAAGUGUGAAUGCUAAAUGGUUAAAGACAAACAAUGAAAGCACUUUAAAAGAUAUAAAUCUCAGUAUUUCUUCUAACCAAGUCGUGGCUGUGAUCGGACCAGUUGGGAGUGGGAAAAGUAGUUUAUUGAAUGUUUUUCUCAAAGAGUUGCCUUUGGAGAGUGGUAAACUGGAUAUACAAGGUACGAUUUCUUACUCGUCCCAAGAACCUUGGCUUUUCUCGGCUAGUGUACGCCAGAACAUUCUCUUCGGAAAUGAAUAUGACGAAGAAAGGUAUAAACAAGUUGUUGAAGUUUGUGCUUUGUUGUCCGAUUUUGAAUUAUUCCCAUAUGGGGACAAAACCUUAGUCGGGGAAAAAGGGAAAGCUUUGAGUGGAGGACAAAAAGCACGGAUUAAUCUUGCCAGAGCUAUUUAUAAGAAAGCCGACAUUUAUCUCCUUGAUGAUCCCUUAUCUGCUGUUGAUGCCAAUGUGGGAAAACAUCUCUAUGAAAGGUGUGUUAAAGGGUUCCUCAAGGACAAAAUCUGCAUUUUAAUUACCCACCAACUUCAAUAUUUAAGUAGUGCUGAUAAAAUAAUCAUAAUGAAGGAUGGCAAAAUUGAAAUGCAAGGGACAUAUACAGAACUGCAGACUAGUGGUUUGGAUUUUGCUAAAUUACUCGAACAGUUUCAUAUAGAAGAGGAAGAAGAGAAAGAUAAGAAGAAAGCAAAGUCGAGGCAAAAUUCGGAAUGUACCGUUGAAAAAGAAGAGGAAAAUGAAGAACCAUCCAUUGAGAAAGAACAAAUGAAAAGUGGGAGUAUUAAAGGAAAGCUUUAUUUGGAAUAUUUAAGAGCAGGUGGAGGAAAAAUUAUGAUAACUUUACUGGCGUUAGCUUUCCUUAUCGGUCAGUUUAUUGCAAACGCUGGUGAUUAUUAUGUAUCCUACUGGGUAAAUUUAGAACAACAGUAUUCGGAACGAAUCUUGAACAAUUUGACCAAAGAAAAUGAAACUCUAGAGCGACUUCCCAUUAUUUUUACAUAUUCAGGGAUUAUCUUAGGAACAAUAAUUUUUUCUGUCGUCCAUUCUCUUUAUUUCAUGUUGUAUUUCAUAAUUGCGUCUAUUAAUUUGCAUCGCAUCAGUUUCUCAAGCAUAAUUAAAGCGACAAUGCGAUUUUACAACAACAAUCCUUCCGGAAGAAUUCUUAAUAGGUUUUCGAAAGAUUUAGGAUACAUUGAUGAAUAUAUCCCGCCAGUUUUAUUCGACGUCAUUGAAGUUGGGUUAAUGUUGAUUGGUGCUCUUUUCCUGUCAUUCAUUGUUGAUCCUUGGCUCUUCGUACCUUCAAUGAUCUUAAUCACAAUCUUCUAUUUUUUAAGAGUUGUUUAUAUACGAACUAGUAGAAGCGUGAAACGAAUUGAAGGAAUCACAAGAAGCCCGAUUUACAGCCACUUAACCGCCUCUAUGCACGGCUUAAGUACAAUUCGAGCAUUUUCUGCUCAAAAAAUCUUAAUCAACGAAUUCGACAAUUUCCAAGAUAAUCACAGUGCCGCUUGGUUCCUUUUCAUUGCUUCAAACCGAUGUUUCGGUUUUUGGCUCGACGUGAUUUGCAUUAUUUUCUUUGCAGUUGCAAUUUUCGUUCUCAUGUAUUUUAACAAAAGCAUUUAUGGUGGCGAUAUCGGCUUGAUUGUAACACAAUACAUCAUGCUUAUUGGUUCCUUACAGUGGGGAAUGCGCCAAUGGAGCGAAUUAGAAAACCAUAUGGUCUCAGUGGAGCGACUGUUGGAGUAUCGAAGCAUCGAAAGCGAACCCGAACGAAAACAAAUCACGAAUUUACCCAAAGAGUGGCCACAACAAGGUCGAAUCGAAUUUCAAAACGUUUAUCUCAAGUACAAUCUUUCGGAUCCCUACGUUUUGAAAAACCUUAACUUUAUAGUCGAACCGAAAGAAAAAAUCGGAAUUGUUGGCAGAACUGGAGCUGGGAAAUCCUCAACAAUCACUGCUUUGUUCCAAUUGUACCCCAUUGAAGGAAGCAUAAUUAUCGACGGUGUGGAUACUACGAAACUUCCUCUUGAAGAAGCUAGAUCAAAAAUCUCGAUCAUUCCGCAAGAACCGGUCUUAUUUUCCGGAACUAUGCGAAAAAAUUUAGAUCCAUUUGAAGAGUUUACGGAUGAAAUGCUUUGGAAUGCUCUAGAACAGGUCGAAUUGAAAGAUGUGGUGUCGGAACUUCCGGCCGGUUUGCAUUCCAAUGUUUCGGAAGGGGGGUCAAACUUCAGUGUUGGGCAAAGACAGUUAGUUUGUCUUGCAAGAGCUUUGAUAAGAAAUAACAAAAUUCUGGUCAUGGAUGAAGCAACAGCUAAUGUCGAUCCACAUACUGAUGCUUUGAUUCAGAACACGAUAAGAGACAAAUUCUCGAAUUGUACUGUUUUGACCAUAGCCCACAGGUUACAUACUGUCAUGGAUUCGGACAAGAUUUUGGUGAUGAAUGCCGGAUCUGUCGAAGAGUAUGACCACCCGUACAACCUCCUAAGGAAAGAAGGAGGAAUUCUUCACAACUUGGUACAAACAACGGGAAAAGCGACUGCGUCAAACUUGGAAAAUAUUGCAAAAGAAAGUUUCGAGAAGAAAAUAAAGACAGAGUGAAGCCUUGCCUAUUCUUACACAUUUCAAAUCUGUGAUGUUUUCUACUUAAUUAUUCCAUGCCCAGUAUUGUACCAUACAAAACAAUAAAGCAAAAAUAACCGAUUAA